AUGGAUGAAGAGAAGACCGAUCAAAUAUUCGAUUCUACUAAAAAUACAAAUACAACAACAAAAUCAUUACUCACUUCCUUAAUAGCACAACCUGAACUAACUACCACUAUAGGAAAACGUAUUAUUCAAAAUUUUUGCCUUAUCUGGUUAGAUUCAAACAUUGACGAAUCAGAUGACGAUUGUUGUAACUUCAUUGCUCAUCUACGACGCGUAGUCAGUACUAUAAAUACAUUCACUGAUCGUGAUCAAUGCAUCGAUUUUCUCACUGAAACUAAUGAUGAAAAGGUGUUCAUGAUUGUGUCCGGUUAUCUUGGUCAACACAUAGUACCACUCAUCCAUGAUAUAUCGCGACUCGUUUCGGUCUAUGUAUUUUGUGAAAACAGGCUAAUACAUGAGCAAUGGGCUAAAGAAUGGUCCAAAGUGAAAGGUGUUUUCACAGAAAUCGAGCCCAUUUGUGAAGCACUUAAACAAUCACAGCAGCAAUCUGAACAUGAUUCUAUCGAGAUCAAUUUUGUUUCGGUGGGUGAGAUACUUAAUACAAAUUUGGAUCGACUCGACCAGUCAUUUAUGUAUACAAAAAUACUGAAAGAAAUAUUAUUUGAAGUUAAAUACCAUGACGAAUAUAUCAAAGACUUGACCACCUAUUGUCGUAACGUGUAUACUCACAAUGAUCGUGUGUUGAAAAUGAUUGAUCAGUUCGAACAAGAAUAUCACGAUCAUUCACCGGUUUGGUGGUAUACUCACGAGUCGUUUCUCUAUGAAAUGCUCAACCGGGCUCUGCGUAAUCUGGACAUAGAUAUCAUCAUAAAAAUGGGCUUUUUCAUUCGAGAUCUUCAUUCACACAUUAAACAACUUCACUCGGAACAAUUGCAUGCCUACAAUGGACGAUCAUUUUUUGUUUACCGAGGCCAAGGCUUGCCAAAGAUGGACGCUGAAAAACUAAUCACAAAAAAGGGUGGACUCAUUUCAUUCAACAAUUUUUUGACGACUAGCAUGGAUCGAAAUGUCGCUUUUAUGUUUGCUGAGGCUAGUACAUCCAAUCCAGAUUUGAUAGGAAUUCUCUUUGAAAUUAAUAUUGAUCCAUCGAUUUCAUCAGCUCCUUUUGCACGUCUCGAUGAUAUCAGUUACUAUUAUGACACAGAAAAGGAGAUUCUCUUCUCGAUGCACACCGUUUUUCGCAUCAAUGCUAUUGAAAAAAUGAACGCUGGUACAGAGUUCUGGAAGGUGGAGCUUACCCUGACGAGUGACGACGACGAGCAGCUUAGAGCUCUCACUGAAAGCAUUCGGGAGGAAACUAAAGGAUCAACAGGGUGGCAUCGAUUAGGUGACUUGCUAAUAAAACUGGGCCACUAUAACAAGGCAGAGCAAAUCUACGCUGCAUUGCUCGAUGGUAUAUCUGAUAAUACUGAUAAAGUGACACUCUAUCAUCAAAUUGGCCGAAUCAAGGAAGAGCAAGGACACUAUGUAGAGGCAAUCUCGUUUUAUGAAAAAUCAAUCGAGCAAAAUCAUCCUGAUUUGGCUACUGCAUUCAACAACAUUGGUGCUGUAUAUGACAAGAUGCCUGAUUAUACAAAGGCGCUUUCAUUUUGUGAAAAAGCACUUGAAAUCCACCAAAACACUCUUCCUUCGAACUAUCCCGUGUUGGCUACUUCAUAUAACAAUAUCGGUAGAAUCUAUGACAACAUGGGCGAGUAUUCCAAAGCAUUUUCGUUCUAUGAAAAAGCACUUGAAAUCCACCAAAACACUCUUCCAUCGAACCAUCCUGUGUUGGCUACUUCAUAUAACAAUAUCGGCGGAAUUUAUGAUAACAUGGGCGAGUACUCGAAAGCACUUUCAUUCUAUGCAAAAGCUCUUGAAAUUUAUCAGAAAACUCUACCGUCCAAUCAUCGUGAUUUUGCUAUUUCCUACAACAAUAUCGGUGGAAUUUAUAAUACCAUGGGCGAGUGCUCGAAAGCACUUUCAUUCUACGAAAAAGCUCUUGAAAUCAGUCAAAAAACUCUUCCUCAGAAUCAUCCUUCGUUGGCUACUUCCUACAGCAAUAUCGGCCGAAUCUAUGACAACAUGGGCGAGUACUCGAAAGCACUUUCUUUCUAUGAAAAAGCUCUCGAAAUUUAUCAGAAAACUCUACCGUCAAAUCAUCCUGAUCUCGCUAGUUCAUACAACAAUAUCGGCGGAAUUUAUGAUAAUAUGGGCGAGUACCCGAAAGCACUUUCUUUCUACGAAAACGCUCUCGAAAUCUAUCAACAAACUCUACCGUCAAAUCAUCCUGAUUUCGCGACUUCUUACAACAAUAUUGGUACUAUUUAUAACAACAUGGGCGAGCACUCCAAAGCACUUUCCUUCUACGAAAAAGCUUUAAGAAUCUACCAAGAAACUCUCCCUCCGAACCAUCCUCGGUUGGCUACUUCCUACAAUAAUAUCGGUUGGAUUUAUAGGAGGAUGGGCGAGUACUCCAACGCAUUUUCAUUCUACGAAAAAGCUCUCGAAAUCAAUGAAAAAGCUCUCCCUCCGAACCAUCCUAGUUUGGCUGCUUCGUACAACAAUAUAGGUACUAUUUAUAACAAAAUAGUUGAGUAUUCGAAACCACUUUCUUUUUACAAAAAAGCUCUGAAAAUCUAUCAGAAAACUCUUCCUCCGAACCAUCCCUCGUUGGCUACUUCUUACAUUAAUAUCGGCGGAAUUUAUGAUAACAUGGGCGAGUACUCGAAAGCACUUUCAUUCUACGAAAAAGCUCUGGAAAUCUAUCAACAAACUCUACCGUCAAAUCAUCCUGAUUUCGCGACUUCUUACAACAAUAUUGGUACUAUUUAUAACAACAUGGGCGAGCACUCCAAAGCACUUUCCUUCUACGAAAAAGCUUUAAGAAUCUACCAAGAAACUCUCCCUCCGAACCAUCCUCGGUUGGCUACUUCCUACAAUAAUAUCGGUUGGAUUUAUAGGAGGAUGGGCGAGUACUCCAACGCAUUUUCAUUCUACGAAAAAGCUCUCGAAAUCAAUGAAAAAGCUCUCCCUCCGAACCAUCCUAGUUUGGCUGCUUCGUACAACAAUAUAGGUACUAUUUAUAACAAAAUAGUUGAGUAUUCGAAACCACUUUCUUUUUACAAAAAAGCUCUGAAAAUCUAUCAGAAAACUCUUCCUCCGAACCAUCCCUCGUUGGCUACUUCUUACAUUAAUAUCGGCGGAAUUUAUGAUAACAUGGGCGAGUACUCGAAAGCACUUUCAUUCUACGAAAAAGCUCUGGAAAUCUAUCAACAAACUCUACCGUCAAAUCAUCCUGAUUUCGCGACUUCUUACAACAAUAUCGGUGGAAUCUAUGACAACAUGGGCGAGCACUCCAAAGCACUUGGAUUCUAUGAAAAAGCACUCGAAAUCUAUCAAAGCACUCUUCCUUCAAAUCAUCCUUCGUUGGCUACUACCUAUAACAAUAUCGGCGGAAUCUAUGACAACAGGGGCAAGUACUCCGAAGCACUUUCAUUCUACGAAAAAGCUCUCGAAAUCUAUCAAGAAACUCUACCGUCAAACCAUCCUGAUCUCGCUAGUUCAUACAACAAUAUCGGCGGAAUUUAUAAUAACAUGGGUGAGUACUCGAAAGCACUUUCAUUCUAUGAAAAAGCUCUCGAAAUUUAUCGAAAAACUCUACCGUCAAAUCAUCAUGAUCUCGCUACUUCCUACAACAAUAUCGGCAUAGUAUAUGGCAAGAUGAACAAAUACUUGGCGGCUCUCUUAGUUUACGAAAAAGCGCUUGAAAUUUAUGAGAAAACUCUCCCGACAUAUCAUCCAAAUCGCUCUCAGUCCUACAAGAGCAUCGGUUUGCUGUAUGAUCACAUGGGUGAUCACUUGAAGGCGCUUUCCUUCUAUGAAAGAGCACUGGAAAUCGACCAAAAAGCUCUCCCUCCGAACCAUCCUGAUUUGGCUUUUUCCUACGAUAAAAUCGGUAGAGUGUAUAAUAACAUGGAAGACUAUUCAAAAGCACUUUCAUUCUACCAGAAAGCGCUUGAAGUCAACGAAAGUAGUCUUCCUCGGAAUCAUCCUGAUUUGACUAUUUCUUAUAAUAAUACAGCUUUGAUGUAUUGCAUAAUGAGAGACUACUCGAAUGCGCUUUUAUUCUAUAAAAAAGCUCUCGAAAUUCUUCAAAAAACGCUCCCUUCGGAUCAUCAUAAUUUGGCUACUGCUUUCAAAAAUAUUGGUGGUGUUUAUUAUAACAUGGGUAAUUACUUGGAAGCACUUUCAUUCUACGAACAAGCCCUAAAAAUUGACGAAAAAACUCUUCGUCUUGACCAUCAUGAUUUGGCUACUGCCUACAAUAACAUGGGUGCGUUAUAUGAUAACCUGAGCCGGUACUCUGAAGCACUUUCAUUUUAUGAAAAAGCCACUGAAUUUAUGGAAAAAGCUAUCCCAUCAAAUCAUACUCAGUUGGCUACGUUUUUGAAUAAUGUUGGUGGGGUAUAUUACAAAAUGAACAAGUAUUCAAAAGCACUUUCGUUCUAUCAAAAGGCACUUGAAAUUUACCAAAGUACUCUUCCACCAAAUCAUCCCCAUUUGGCUCAAUCCUACAAGAACAUCAGCUUGUUGCAGUCCAAGAUGGCCGAGUAA